AUGGAGCAUGACACAGGUAUUCAGGGUCAUCAACAUGAGCUUUGUUCAUACAUCCGGGAGUUCAAGUUAGCUAUGGGUUUGUUGGCCCUUCCAGACCAAACUGAAAAUGUCAAUACGGGAUUGAGCAAGGAAGUCAUUUUUGCACGUAUGAAUCGCAUCAUGUAUCAGUCAACAGAAAGAUCUAUAAGUGACGAUGAUACAUGUUUUAUUUGUUUGGAUGACAACUCUGAUGGACAGAUCAUUGGAAGCGCCGACUGUCAGCACACCUUUCACGUUGAUUGCAUCAGUUUAUGGCUCAUGCAGAAGAAUUCUUGUCCACUCUGCAAAAGGAUUGCAUUGGCAAUUUAA